CACGUCGACCCAAAUUAUUAUUCAUCUUUCCGAUACCAUGUUCUAUGAGAAACUCAAUCACGCUAUAUCACAAGUGUUUAUGCCUUUUAAGCACGAGUUUGAAGAUCAACAACACGGUAUAGUUGAAGAAACAACUAGUAAGUUGCAAAGCAUCACGACUACUGAGAUGUCAGAGGUAUGUGUGCAUGUGGAAUUACAGAUUGAUCACUAUUGCGAUGGAAGAAUUUUGUUAUCAUCAUCCAUGGAUGGAAUGGUGCCGGCAAGUAAAUCAUCAAUAGAGUUGCUAGAGCCGAUGGAAGCUGAUGAAAGAAAUAGCAACGAUGAGUGUUUGGUAUGUCUAGAUGAGCUAGGGGAAGAAACUGAAGUAGUGCGCUUGCCUUGCUCUCAUAUGUUUCAUGCUGAGUGUAUUACCAAGUGGUUAGAGAAUAGCCAUUACUGCCCGCUUUGCCGCUUUGAGAUGCCCACUAAUUAGACAAGACUGCAUAAA